AUGGUGGAAAGAGGGCCAGACCAGUGGCUAGAGAAGAUUAAAAAAUGUCAAGCAUUGACGGAGAGCGAAAUGAAGCAGUUAUGUGAGAUGGUGAAGGAACUUCUAAUGGAAGAGUCGAAUAUACAACCAGUGCGAACUCCUGUAACGGUGUGUGGUGAUAUCCAUGGCCAGUUUCAUGAUUUGUUGGAAUUAUUUAGAACGUCAGGUGGUUUCCCGGACCAAGUAAACUAUAUAUUCCUGGGCGAUUACGUGGAUCGUGGGUACUAUAGUCUAGAAACUUUUACAUUACUGAUGUGCCUGAAAGUUAAAUAUCCUUCCAAAAUCACAUUAGUAAGGGGUAAUCAUGAAUCUCGACAAAUCACGCAAGUCUAUGGAUUUUAUGAGGAGUGUUUGAACAAGUACGGUUCUACGACGGUAUGGAAAUACUGCUGCCAAGUCUUUGAUUUUUUAACACUUGCUGCAAUCAUUGAUGGCAAGAUUCUCUGUGUUCACGGUGGUCUUUCCCCGGAAAUUAGAAUGCUGGACCAGAUCAGAGUACUUUCUAGAGCACAGGAAGUACCCCAUGAAGGCGGCUUCUCUGAUAUACUCUGGAGCGAUCCAGAUAACGUCGAUGCAUGGCAAGUGUCCCCUCGUGGCGCAGGAUGGCUAUUUGGUAGCAAAGUCGCCCGCGAGUUCAAUUACGUCAAUGGCCUUAACCUCAUUGCCAGAGCUCAUCAACUGGUCAUGGAGGGAUUCAAGUACCACUUUCCCGAAAAAGACGUUGUAACUGUCUGGUCUGCCCCUAAUUACUGUUACAGGUGUGGCAACGUGGCUAGUGUCAUGAAGGUUGAUGAAGAUCUCGAACCUACAUUUAAAAUAUUCUCCGCUGUUCCCGAUGACUAUAUUCAAGAAACAAACCACAAUAACCAAAGAGGUGGUUACUUUUUAUGA